AUGGCCUUCUCCGGCGUCAACGAGGUAGGGGAGAGGGGCGCAAGGGGGCCGACGCUUGCAAAGAAGGGAGAAAAAUUCAUUGAUCUCCCUUAUGUUGUGAAGGGUAUGGAUGUGUCAUUUAGUGGCAUGUUGAGUUUUAUUGAAGCUAUGACGAUUGAAAAGCUUAAAAAUAAUGAGUGCACACCUGCAGACCUAUGCUACUCAUUGCAGGAAACUGUCUUCGCCAUGCUUGUUGAAAUUACUGAACGUGCAAUGGCGCACUAUGAUUCAAAGGACGUUCUUAUUGUUGGUGGCGUCGGUUGCAACGAACGUUUACAGGAGAUGAUGAGGAUUAUGUGCUCAGAAAGAGGGGGUAGGCUGUUUGCAACUGAUGACCGCUAUUGUAUAGACAAUGGGGCAAUGAUUGCAUACACUGGUUUACCGGCGCAGCUCCUUACAAUACACUUUUCUUUUUUGUAUAACAUGUACAUCCUUGAGGGUAAAGAGCUUGAGUUCUACAUGAAGAAGCUUCAGCGCAAGAAGGGCAAGGGCGCUGUAGCUUAG